AUGUCAUUCAAUAAUCCAUUUGACGACGAUCUAGAAAGAGUAGCAACAAAUCAUUCACAUAAGUAUAAGGAUUAUCCUGAGUUUGAGACACUUUCAACUAGCAUUGAGAAUCAAUUACAUCAUAUCAAUUCAAAACAAUUAGGAGAGAUCAAAAGACUAUUAUCCGACUUUGAAAAUGAUCCCAUUAAUCAAAAGGGGUCUGAAAAUUUGAGUCAACUCUUUCAAAAUAUCACUGAGUCAUAUAAAAAAUUGAAUGAAUUUGUCAAGCAAUUAAAUUCAAGUAUCAAAGCAGUUGAAAAUGAUCAUGAAGAUGUUGAAAUUAUUAAUUAUCUCAAACAAAAAGAAAAUAUACAAAUCAAGUUGAUAAAAGAUAGUUUGGCGAAUUUUAAAAAUUAUCAAAGAAGAUUUGAGUCAAAACAAGCAAGUCAGUUACCCCCGUUAUCAUCUGCUGAAGGGGAGGCAAUCAAUACAGAUCAAGAUCAAAGUCAAAGUCAACAACAUCAACAACAGAUUCAAAUAGAAUACGAACCAAUAAAUGCAGAAGAAUUAGAACAACAAACAUUACUAAUACAAGAAAGAGAAAGAGAAAUACAUCAGAUACAACAAGAUACUCAAGAAAUCAAUAAUAUUUUUUCGAAUUUAUCAUCAAUUAUUAAUGAACAACAAUUUAAGGUUGAUAAUAUUGAAAAUAACAUUUUUUCAUAUGAUUCGAAUGUAAGACAAGCCUCAAAUGAAUUGAACAGAGCUCAACGAUAUCAAAAAAGAUCUAAUGGUAGAUUAUUUUGUUGUUUAAUGAUACUAAUUGGAGUUCUGGCUUUUAUUAUACUAAUACAAUUAAUAUUUUGA